GGUCACGGACCAUUUUCUGUUUCGAAGACGAUGUCAACAAGCCUGGACGCCAAUGACUUGCUGUUUGAAUCGACUAUAAAUUCGCGCUCGGAAUCUCCAGCUACGCGCGUCGAAACUCCUCCAACUCCUGUUGAAGAUAGUGCGGUUGAAGAUGGGGCACAGAAAAAGAAGAAAAAGAAGAAACCCAAGAAGUCUGCUGCUGCAAAAGCGCGAGAUGCUGAAGCCACUAAAGAUUCAACCUCUAAACAAGACGACCUAACUCGCCAAUCCAUCCUCUCGAUUAGCCGGAACAAGCACUGGCGAUAUAUCAGUUCAUAUCAUGGACCAUGGCUGCAACUCCCAGUUGAACUACUCGAAUCUUUACUUACACUCAACGUUGACCCUGCCACCCUUGCUCCGCCACGACUACCUCCCAAUUGGGCAGCUUCUUCUGAUCCUCUGAUCACAAAUCCUCUACGUAUCGGUCCACCAAGACAGUCCCCGCCAGACUCACCACGAUCUACUCCAACAACGGUUUCGUUCCCGACGAACAUACCCCCCAAUCUUUCAUUUCCUGACCCUGGAAAACCUGCUCCACCUCCCAUAGACCCGGGAGUAUUCCGAAACGUAACUGCCAUCCGACGACUCAUAGACGAAGCAGCCGAGUUGAGUGUGAGGGCGUCUUCCGGUCUUUCUGCGGCUGAGCUCAGCUCAAUGCGCUCUUCGUCAAGUAUUGGCUCUUCCUAUUUAGGCUUUAAUGCGUGGGGUACAAACAACAAUAAUGGCCGAAAUGUUGCCAUGAGCGCUAUGCGCAUACACCGUUUACGAGCACUUGCUGUUCAAAAACUGGCAGCUGCAUACCGGGCAGACGAAAUUGCAAGUUCUGUGAUGGUUAUGCAGGGUGGGACAGUUUUUGACGACCUUGCCGAAAGAGUGCUUAAAGUCGAUCCUAACGACCCCGAUGCGCGAUAUGUCCACUUUUUCCACGAGAAAAUUCCAUCAAGGCAACUUGCAGAAUUCACGACCACGCAAGUACUUGAUGAACUCAUUCAACGACAGCCUCAAAAGUUGGAAUAUUAUCGGACGCGUGGGAUCGUCCACUCUUUCCGCGAUGAAUUCUCCCUCGCCACCAAAGAUUUUACACACGCUCUCAAGGAAGCUCGGGCGAUUCGAAAAGCAAAGGUGUCGCAUCAUCACAAUUAUUCUGCCCCAACACAGAACGGCAAGGCGAACGGGGCCAAGGGGAGUAAAAAGAGGAAGGGUGGGAGCAAGAGCAAAGUGCAACCCGUCCCAGAUGAAGAAACAGGGGACGCUGGAGGGGAAGGAGAGUCGGACGAUGCUUUAUUGCCACAUCCAUCAGUUCUACCUGAUGCACCCACGCCACUUGAACCGCAACUUUUAUUCCUUCGAGGAGCGACAUAUCUACAGCAAGCUAUCCAUAUCAUCGAAUCCGCCAUCUUAAAACUUGAAGGCGUUUACAAGUUCCCUGCAACCUCGCCUGGAGGUAGUUCCGUCAAUGGAGUUGAUCUGCGGUUAAGCCUUCUUGAAGGCAGUGUCUAUGGUGGCGUUGAAAUCGGUAAUCCAGAAGGUCCUUUGGGAUGUAGCUCUGGCAAGAAAGUUCAGGCAUACCGCGAGAUAUUCGGUGUCGCAGAGAAUGGCGAGUGGAAUACGGUCAACGGAGAGCGCGAGAAGACGCGCGACCAAAUCAUUGGUCUUGUUAGGAAAAGCAUACGGGAUCAUGAGCGUUUUCUUGCGCACUUUGAUUCGAUCAACGCUGUAGCGCAACUUCAAUUUGGGAUAGACAAGACCAUUGUCGAAAAGGUCGAAUAUGCCUUCAAGGUUGCGGAGGCUGUACGUCCUGGAACUCAAACGCCACCCACGCCACUCUCACAACAGGGACAAUUACCGUACUCAGAAAGUGAUUACGAGCUCCCAACAACCUUUACGACCUAUCAUCCCCUCCUCGUCGAGGCUCAUUUCAGUAUCCUCCUCUGCUACCUUUUAUUGGGUGACUUCACGACCAUGUUACCCACUUUCGUCAAUACUGCAAAAAUAAUUGAUGGUCUCGAGGGCUAUCCCGUUUUCCUUCCUCCCCGUUCAUUGGCGCAAGCUGAGUUCCUGGAGGUUCUCGAUCGUCUUGCGGCUAGCUGGAAAACCGGCAUAGCGGCGUACUCUGUACCGGAGUCCCCUCCCAAGCAAAAGGAGAAAGGGAAGGCCCGAGUCGAAGAGAUUCUCGAAGUGCCGGAAUCCAUUGAGAAAGAGCUUGCUGAUGCCUUUGCGGAGUCAAGGAGAUCAACAUUGGAAUCAGAUGACCUUCCGACGGCGUCUGCAUCCUCUUCCACGACUUCUACAUCGCCAUCGGCAACCCGGUCCGCCACACCGGCGCCGCCCUCACCUUACGCGCAAGCGCUCAACAGCGUGCGCAUUCUUCUUGCUCCCGUGGCCGCUCGCCAACGGGAGAAAGAAUCCGAGAAAAGUCGCCCAAAGAAGGGUGCUGCCAAGAUGACUGGUAUCAAUAUUCCCCUCCAUGGUCCACGAGUGGACAUCAUCCUUGCCUGGCUCGGGGCAGUUCACAUACCCGCCUUAGAGAAAGCGGCAGUGUAG